AUGUUAAGUUUUUCUCUAUUAUUUGAUGUAAUGGUAUGCCGUAGUGACAGUGUAAAUUUGCUACCAGGUGAAAAAUACCCAAUCUACAGGAAAAAUGAGAUCAUCUUAAAUUUCGAAUUAGAACCAAUAAAACGUAAUAAUUACAAUUCUAGCAUUACUCCUUUCUGUUUCCAAGUCGAUAUACCUGUCACAAACUAUUAUCAAAAUACCAAGAUUGAAAAUAAUAGAUCAAUAAUAUUAUUAACUUUAAAUGUGCAGGAUAAAUUAAAAUAUCAUGUAGAUAUCUCAAGGUUUGGACCCAUUGCCUCCAAGAAAAAUAAACAAAGAUUAUCAAUGGAAUUAGAGUUAUCCAAUAAAUUAUUUUACAAGAUUUCAAACAUUAGGAGCACCCGUAGUAAAAUAUUUUUACAGAUUCCAAGUUCUGAGUUGGCUUACAAUACAAACAAAAGUAUGCAUUUUUGUUUUAAUAAUUUAGUGACGGAUCACUCUUGGAAUAGUAUAGACACCAUUAAAGACAUUCAACUAUCUAUUUUUGUGGAAUCUGACAAUAAUAUCAGACACAGGAAUGCUAUUUCGAACAGUAAUAAAGAUGGAAGUGUUUUGAUAUAUUACCUUUGUGCAUAUAAAAAAAAGGUAAUUGAUAUUCAUAAUCAAAUUAAGAAAGAUAUAGUUGAUCAUAGUUUGGUGAAAGGGUUACUUGAGUUGGAAUGCCAAUCAAGAAAUUUUAAUGAAAAAACCUUUUCUGAUGUGAUAUACUGGUUUAUUAUUACAAUGUUGAUCAGCAUAAUACUUAAUGAUGUGAUUUUGCCAUACAUGGUAUAUAAUUAUUUUUUAGUAAUUUAA